AAUAUGAUAUGAAUACCACAACUUGGUAGGCAAGUGUGUGUUUGUGUAACCAAAAGCAUGGGAAGCAAUCAAGAAGCAUUCGCUGCUACUUGAGAACACAUUCAGCAAUUGAUAUUUUUUUUCAAAAAAAAAAAUAUCACGUGGUCACUGAGUCAUUUCCAGGAAGGGAAACUCCACGUGGCUGAAAACUGGGAAGGCGGAACUUAACUCGGCUCUUUGGCGCGAAGGAGCCAUGGCUGCUGCAGGGGGUCAAUUGCAGCGUCUCCGUGAUGAAGCCACGUGCUGCAUCUGCCGGGAUUACUUCAAGGAUCCAGUGACCAUCCCAGAGUGUGGGCACAACUUCUGCCGAUCCUGCCUGAUCCAGUGCUGGGAGGAAUCGGAGGCAGAGGCUUCCUGCCCUCAGUGCAGACAAAGAGUCCGGAGAAGGGGUCUCAUCCCCAACCGGCAACUGGCUAAUGUGGUAGAAAUAGCCCAGAAUCUCAGCCUUCAAGAGGGAAAGGGAGAAGGAGGAGUCUGCGAAGAUCACCAGGAGCCCCUGAAGCUUUUCUGCAAAGUCCACGAAGCCCCCAUCUGCCUGGUGUGUGACAAAUCAAAGGAACAUGAAAAUCACAAGGUGAUUCCUUUGGAGGAGGCUUUCGAGGAAUACAAGGGAGAGAUCUGUCGCCGUCUGGAGAUUCUGAGGAAAGAGAGAGAGGAAAUUCUGGCCUAUCAAGCAGACCUGGACAAGGAAAGCAAAGACCUCCUGAAAUUAGCAGAAACGGAGAAGCUGGAGACUGUGGAGAAGUUCAAAGAACUCCGCCAGUUCCUGGAAGAAGAAGAAAAACAACGGCUGAAUUGUGUGGAAGAGGUGGAGAAGGAGAUUGCAGGGAGAAGGGAUGAGCAGCUGGCCAGACUCUCCAGGAAACUCUCCUCCCUUGAGAAGAUAAUCCAGGAGAUGGAGGAAAAGGGUCAGCAGCCAGUGAGUGAACUCCUGCAGGAUAUGAGAAGAACCUUUCAGAGGUAUGAGAAAAGAGAGAGUCCAGAGAAGCCACUGCCUUUCCCUCCAGAACUGAGGAACAGGAUCUUGGAAUCCUGUGAUCUAAAUCACCUUGUGGAGGAUGCAAUGAAACAAUGGAAAGCAAAUGUGACUCUGGAUCCAGACACAGCCCAUCCCUGGCUCAUCCUGUCCGAGGAUCGGAAAAGUGUGAGAUAUAGAGACGAAAAGCAAGACCUGCCCAACAAUCCUGAGAGAUUCAGCAACUGGCCUUGUGUGUUGGGACGUGAGGGAUUCACAGCAGGCAGACAUUUCUGGGAAGUCAAUGUGGGAAGUGGGGCAUUUUGGGAUGUGGGGGUCGCCAGGAAGUCUGUGAAGAGAAAGAGCUACUUCUUCUCCUUAAGGCCCGAGGAUGGGGUCUGGGCUUUGGAGAAUUGGGGAGAUGAGUACGUGGCCCUCCCCUCCCCUGUUUCCUCUCCUCUGUCCCUGAAUGAGAAGCCCAGGAGGAUCCGGGUGACUCUGGACUAUGAAGGGGGACGUGUGUCUUUUUCUGACGCUGACUCAGGAGCCGAACUCUACACGUUCUCAGGAGCCUCGUUCUCUGGAGAGACCCUCCUCCCUUUCUUUCGUCUGAAUGACCUUCAAACCCCCCUCAGUAUCUCCUGAGGAGACUAAAUCUGCCUCUCAGGAGUUUCUCUCCAGACCAGAGUGACUGACAUAAAAAACACUGGCCCGCCAAGAGCACGUAGGGCAAUUUUUCAAGGGGACCUUUGAGAGGAUUCAUUCCAGUCAAAAUCAGCAGAAAUAACAAAACAAAAAUGGCUCUGCUGUUGCUUUGCAUGUUCCUUUUCCCAGAAUUCCCUCUGCAGCUUACUUCUUAAAGAGACAGUCACAAUUUUAGGAGUCUUAAUAAAUUUCCUCACCUUCAAAUCUUGUUUUCCUUUCCAGAUGUCUGAUUUGGCAGAGGACGAGACUCUUAAUCCCAGGGUUUUGGGUUGAGCCCCACGUUCGGCAAAUGUUUCCUGCAUUGCAGGGGGUGGGACUAGAUGACCCUCAGGGCACCUCACAACUCUGCAAUUCUAGGAAACCUUCCUCUCCCCACAAGACCUUAUGCAGCUGUGAAAAUGCAUGCAUCAUUGGAUUAACAGAGGACUAAAAAAUGAACCCCUUCACCCAUGUCAAGCAGGAUAGCUCCUUGCUCUGGAGACCUUAGAUGUAAAAGACAUUGAACAGGAUGGGGAGAGGAGAGGGCAAAAUAUCUCAAACAAAAUGAAGGGGGCCUCUGAAG